GUGGCGUGAACCUGACCGUGGACGGAUAUGGCUACAGGAACGACGCAACAGUGACCGUAGGUGGACAAGACUGUCCAGUUAUCGCCUAUUCUCCUGACCAGCUUGUCUGUGUCAUACCACCAAAGACAUCGCCAGGUGCUGUGUCAGUGGUUGUAGCUAUGACUGGUAUUGCCUCCUCAACAGCUUCGAGUUCAUUUACAUACAGCUCCAGUAUCACAGCACAGAUCUCGUCAUUGACUCCACUCACGUCAGGGGUUAAAGGUGGAGCUACGCUGACAAUUACUGGUUCAGGAUUCGGUAGUUCUGGGACAUUGAUUAUCGGCGGAAGUGUCGUCACUCCCUUGUCUUACUCAGCUACCACAGUGACAGCGACGCUACCUCCACUUAGUCCAGGAGAACACUUGGUACAGGUGAUUGUAGGGACAGAUGGCGCUGCUGUUCUUACCAGUACCAGUGCCGUGCCAAAGAUCAACUACGUGUUUCGCGUGACCAAAUUGUACCCUCUUCAGGGAUCCCUACAGGGAGGGACGAGGGUUACCAUCCUUGGUGAUGGAUUGGGUACUGAUGCUGAAGUCAUGAUUGGAGACACCUCCUGUGAUGUGGACGAUGCUAAAACCACAUCAAGCCGCAUCGAGUGCACGAUCGGUGAUACUGGAACGACUCACCAGAUUGACAACCAGGGAUCACAUUUCGAGUUUGGUACUGGCUAUGGCUGGAAUCCUAGAAACUCACAGGUGAAAUUGGGCGAUACAUUGCAUUGGUCUUGGAGCUACCCGUCCUGGGUGGAAGGUCAGACACCCAGAGUAGAACAGACACCAAACGCUAGUGCAACAACACCUGAGCCUGACGGGUUCAGUAGUGGUCCAACUGGUACAAAAUCAG